UGUAACACUAAACAAAUUGUCACUUUUAACACGUGUGGGACUUUUUUUCCUGAAUGUUUGCGCGGUGUAUAAACGUAAGGAUCUUUUCAAGAUAAAUUACAACACGUAUACUUGGACAGAAUGGUGGGGAAAAUUAAACGGGCCCGGCAGAAGCUCCAUCACGGAGCUGUAAAGCUGCAAAAUGAGCACGAAAACAAGCCCAUGCUGGGGAAUCUGGAGAAGAUACAGAUGAAGCCUAUUCAACUCACAAAAAUAGAUUCAAUAGAGAGCAAACUCAACAUAUCUGACAGCAGUAUAAACAAUAAUUCAAAGGCAUUCAGUUUUCCCACUGGAGUUUUUGCUGGAACUAAAAUUUCCCCUGAGUCUUUAGUUCAAACGCUGAAGGUUGAUGAACCAUCAAGUGUGACCAUAAACAAACAGUCUACAGGAGAACAGAAAGGCACAGGAGAAAAGAAACAACAGUCGAAGAAAGAGAAAAUGAAGGAGCGCAGGGAAAGAUGGCUUAACAAGAUCAGUGCGAUCAAGCUGGCGCGUGAGCAGCAGGUGGCGCAGGCGCGGAGGAAGGCCACACCCGUGGUGGGCGACAUGAGACCGCUGGUCGACGCCCUUCCCGAACUCUCCCAGCUCCUCCCGUCUCUCAAAACCUCCGCCAGCACACAGUGCAAAAACAAAGCUCCGGUUAAGAAGAAACCAGAACCCACAAACUACAGCCAGAUGAAACCAGCCCAGAAACGAAAACUACUUGAGACGGAAGCAUCUCACUUCAGGGAAGCCAUAAAAAAUCCUGCCUUCAAGUCCAACCCUUUAGCUGCAAUUGGGGAACACCUGCGAAAACGACUCAAACAGGAAGACGAACAGAGUUAAUCGCAACUCUGCGGCGCCGCCCUGUUGGCAGACUUCAAGAACUGUAUUUUAUUACACCCUGGAACAUUAAAACAAACAGUCAAACCGGUUUUAUACUUCAUAACAGAAUAUGAAAAUGAAGAGGAAUCCAGAGAUUUGCAUAAUUUGCUGCAUAAUCACUGGAGGAAACUGUUUAUCGUAGUUUCUCAGUGUAAUUGUCAAAAAAUGAGUUUGUGUAAAACGAGUCGCUUUAAUGAUCAUGUUACCGGAUAUUUAAUGAGUGUUUUCACACAAAAAUAAAUCCAGUGAAGAAUGA